AUGUCCGAUCUGCACCACGUUGUGCCCGACCGUUUUCCGGCCCAUCGUUUUUCGCAUCUGCUGCCCUCGCUCGACCGCCACCGCGUCACUACCAGUGACAUCCUGACCCUCGAUGCCGUCGACCUCGCCAAGCGCGCCCAGGUCCCCGUCGCUGAGCUGCGCAAACUCCACCACGCCAUCGUGACCGCCCUCCAUGCCGACCUGGGCCUUGCUUCCCUCGAAUUCGCCGAGCCAGACGCGACCAACCAACCCGACGCCUGGCAUGCCACCGAAUGGCGCACCAUCAGUACGCUCGAUGAUCGUCUGGACGCCGAGCUGGGCGGAGGAGUGCCCGCGGGCUAUCUGACCGAGAUAACUGGCGAAAGCGGUGCGGGAAAGACCCAAUUCCUACUCACCUUGCUCUUUUCGGCACAGCUGCCAGCUCCCCACGGCCUUUCCAAGUCCGCGCUCUACAUCUCCACCGAGGCGCCGCUCGCAACAACCCGCCUGGCCCAGCUCCUGUCCCAGCACCCCCGCCUCUCGAACCUCCCAGCCGCCACCAAACCCUCCCUCUCGCGCAUCCUCAGCAUACAAACCCCCGACCUCGAGUCGCAAGACCACAUCCUGCGCUACCAGCUACCCGUCGCCAUCCAGCGCCACAACGUCGGCCUCGUCGUCCUCGACUCCGUCGCCGCCAACUACCGCGCCGAAUUCGAUCGAGCCGGCGGCGAAAAAAACAGGACGGACGGGGGCAGCCACGGCCACGCCCGCCGCGCCGGCGAAGCCAUGGCGCAGCGCACGCAGCAGCUGGUCCAGCUCGGCGCGCUGCUGCGCUCCGUCGCGCGCGCCCACGGCGUCGCCGUCGUCGUCGCCAACCAAGUCUCGGACCGCUUCUCUUCUUCUUCCUCCGCCCCCGCUCCCAGCAGCAGCAGCAGCAACCCGACAACCACCACCACCUCCCGCAAUCCCUCCCACGCCAGCGCCAGCAGCCAACAAGCAGCAACAACAACAUCCCGCGCCCCGACACCGACGACAACCCCUCCCCCGCGCCUCGCCCUCGCCCUCUCCCCCGACCCCCUCACGCUCGACCACCAACAGCGCUGGUUCACCGGCUGGGGCGACGACGUCCGCGCCUCCUCCUCCAACUCCUCGACCUCCUCGCACAACCUCAAAACCCCCGCGCUCGGCCUCGUCUGGGCGAACCAGAUCGCGGCCCGCGUCGCGCUGCUCAAGGCGCCCGUGUACGGCCGGGCGGCGGCGGACUGGCCGGGUGGUGGUGGAGGAGGAGGAAGCGUGGAUGCGAGAACGGGAACGGGGGCGGGAGCGGGAGCGGGAGGGGGAGGGGACGUCUCGCGGUGGCGGCGGUGGAUGAAGGUCGUGUUUGCGCCGUGGGCGGGGCCGUCGGAAGGGCGGGGGGUGGAGUACGUCAUUAGGGGGAGUGGGGUGGUGGCUGUUGCUACUGCUGUGGCGGAGGAAAAGCAGAAGGAGAAGGAGAGGAGGGCGAGGGAGGCGAGUGAGAGGGCGGUGGAGUUGGGUGGUGGUGGUGGUGGUGGUGGUGGUGAUGCUGGUACGGAGAAGGCCGCAGAAGAGGCGAGAGGGGGAGAGGAGCCGCUGCCGGACCGACAAGGCGGUGAUGGUGGUGGUGGUGGUGGUGGUGGUGACGACAUCCCAGCAGGCGACGAACGGGGACCACGCGACAACAGGAGAAGAAGUAGCGACGAGCCCAUCGGCAGAGAAUAA